GCUGAGGUGGGCGGAGGGACAGAGGGAAGAUGGCGGCCGAGGCCGGAUAUUGGCGCCGCCUCCCCCAAUACUGGAGCCGGCGCAGAUGAGGCGGCUCGGCUGGGGCCAGCGGCGCGUCGGAACCGGAGCAGGGGGGGACCCUGGCAGUGGGGCCUGGCCCUGAUAUAUGCCGGCGCCUCGGCUACAGUGAGUGGCGGCGGCGCCUCUUUCCUCCGGCUCUUUCCCUGUCGCUGUGAGUCUGAGCGGGUGGCGGGCGGCCGAGGCGGCGGGGCCGGGAUGGAGGACAUUAACUCCAAUGUGAACGCGGACCAGGAGGUGCGGAAGCUGCAGGAGCUGGUGAAGAAGCUGGAGAAGCAGAACGAACAGCUGAGGAGCCGUUCCGGGGCCGUGCAGGGCGCCGGCUCCCUUGGGCCUGGCAGCCCGGUUCGGGCCGGCGCGUCCACUCCCUCCUCCGGAGCGGCGUCCCCUAGGGGCUUCCCCUUGGGCCUCAGCGCCAAGUCGGGCUGCGGGGCCGGGUCGGGCCCGAGGCGGACGAGUAGCGAGGAGCUGCGGGACACCACCUCCUUGCUGGCAGCGGGCGAGGGCGGCUUGCUGGACGAGGUGGAGCCGCUGCGGCCCGAGGAGCUGGAGCGCCUGUCAGGCUGGGAGGAGGAGGAGGAGAGCUGGCUGUAUUCAUCACCAAAGAAAAAACUUACACCAAUGCAGAAAUCAGUUAGUCCUUUAGUUUGGUGCAGGCAAGUUUUGGAUUACCCAAGUCCUGAUGUUGAAUGUGCUAAAAAGUCUCUUAUCCACAAACUUGAUCAAACUAUGUCAGCUCUCAAGAGGCAGAAUUUGUAUAAUAAUCCUUUCAACUCCAUCAGUUACACAAGUCCUUACAGUCCAAAUGCCAGUAGCCCAUACAGCAGUGGUUUCAAUUCUCCGUCCUCAACCCCAGUGCGACCUCCUAUAGUCAAACAGCUAAUACUUCCUGGAAAUUCAGGUAAUUUGAAAAGUUCGUCAGACAGAAAUCCUCCACUCAGUCCUCAAUCCUCUAUAGACAGUGAAUUAAGUGCUUCAGAAUUAGAUGAAGAUUCAAUUGGAUCCAAUUAUAAGCUAAAUGAUGUAACUGAUGUGCAGAUUCUAGCUCGGAUGCAGGAAGAAAGUCUCCGGCAAGAAUAUGCAGCCACCGCGUCUCGGCGCAGUUCCGGUUCAUCUUGCAAUUCUACAAGACGGGGUACUUUUAGUGAUCAGGAACUUGAUGCACAAAGUUUAGAUGAUGAAGAUGACAAUAUGCAUCAUGCAGUAUACCCUGCUGUUAACAGGUUUUCACCAUCACCACGCAAUUCACCUCGACCAUCACCUAAGCAGUCACCCCGAAAUUCACCUCGUUCUCGAUCUCCUGCUCGGGGAAUAGAAUAUAGUAGAGUGUCCCCACAGCCUAUGAUUAGCCGCUUACAGCAACCUCGCCUUUCCCUUCAAGGCCAUCCCACAGAUUUACAGACAACCAGUGUUAAAAAUGAAGAAAAACUAAGACGCAGUCUUCCAAACCUAUCCCGAACAUCCAGUACACAAGUUGACUCAGUGAAAAGCAGCAGAAGUGACUCAAAUUUUCAAGUGCCAAAUGGAGGAAUACCUCGCAUGCAACCUCAGGCUUCAGCCACUUCGCAAAGGCUGAAAAAUUUGCCUCGUACUUCCCUCAAAGCCAAACAGUUGCUUCAAACUUCAUCUACAAAAAGAGUACCUUCUCCAGGCAAAUUCCGCUCCCCUGCAGCACCAUCUCCUUUGGCUCUCCGGCAACCAGUAAAAGCAUUUAGUAACCAUGGCUCUGGUUCUCCUGGUAGCCAAGAAACAACACAACUCAUGCAAACCACCUCCUCACCUGGGCCUCCCAUGGUUCAGAACACAGUCCCAGCAAAUCCUCCCAGCAAUAUCAACAGCACUACUCUAACCAGACCUGCAGGGACAACUGUGAUGAGAAGUGGCUUGCCCAGACCCAGUGCCCCUUCUGCUGGGGGUAUACCAGUGCCUCGCAGCAAACUUGCACAGCCUGUUCGCAGAUCCUUGCCAGCUCCUAAAACCUACAGUAGCAUGAAAGAUGACAGUUGGAAAGAUGGCUGUUAUUGACCAACAAAGACAAGAAUGCAGAGUCCACAGCUUCAUGGAUACCCCUUCACCAGGCUAAGAGACAACUUUUAUAUGCAGACUGUUCAGAUAAGACUCUUGGGAUUUGUAAAAUCCCAGCCCUCUCUGUCUUAAUUAGCACAAACUGACAGAGAUGAUCAAGCAGCACUUUAAUGACAUUUAACAUCAGAUGUGUUUGGUAAUCAUACAAUCACUCUCCACGGAAUCACUUUUAGUUUUGUUUAAUAGAAACUAGGUUGAUUUUUUAAUAUUUGACAGAGGCCAAUAUCUGGGCAAAAAACUAAUGGAUGCCAAAGAGAAAUGCCCAUUUGUAAAUGAGAGAGUACCUUUGUGCACAAGAAACUGGUGAAUUUAAGCUAUUCAAAACUUCACAUUCAACCUAAUUUACUGUAUAAAUAGUAUCAAUAAAUAUUUGUGUUAAUGAGAAGUAA